AUGCGGCCGCUCACAGAUCAGGAAUGUAAAGUUUUUUUCGAAAAAUUAUCAAAAUACAUUGGCGAGAACAUAAAACAACUUCUAGAACGUCAAGAUGGAAAAUAUUGUUUUCGAUUUCAUAAAGACAGAGUUUAUUAUUGCAAGGAACAACUGAUGAAAAAGGCUGGACAUAUUUCAAGGGAUCAUUUAUUAAGCUUUGGUACUUGUUUUGGCAAGUUUACCAAAACUGGUAAAUUUCGUCUUCAUGUUACAGCCUUAGACUUUUUGGCACCGUAUGCAAAGUUCAAAAUAUGGCUAAAGCCUAAUGCUGAACAACAGUUUUUGUAUGGAAACCAUGUGAUGAAAGCAGGUCUUGGAAGAAUUACUGAAGGGACGCCACAAUUUCAAGGAGUGGUUAUUUACAGCAUGAGUGAUCUCCCUUUGGGCUUUGGGGUUGCUGCAAAAUCAACUCAAGAAUGCAGACAUGCUGACCCCAUGGCCACAAUAGCAUUUCACCAGGCGGACAUUGGAGAAUAUCUGAGAAAUGAGGAAAAAAUUACUUAG